GUGGCUGAAAUUUAUAAUACAGAAUAUUCAGUAUCGAUAUUAAAUAAAAAUGAAUGGAAUGUUGAGGUAACUAUCAGAGAAUUAUUGACGCUUUUAAACAAAAAAUGAACUCUGUUUUGUUUGUAGAAUGCAUUGCAAGCUUAUUCUGAUGAACAAACACCACAACAAAUCACAACGACACCAAGACCUGAACACGGAGUUAAUUGUGAUAAACAAGAGACAUUACAACAUUUUCUUAAACAAACUUAUGAAUCAAUUGACAGUCAUCUACCACGUUUAUUUAUUAUUUUACCUGAUAAAAAAAAAUCUGAUUUCAAGUCUAAAAUACCUCAGUUUCGACUUUAUUUCAUGUGUGAAUGUUCAACGAAUGGAACAGAUCUUCACCUAGCUCUUCACGAUGGUUAUAUUAUUCGACAGUCUGAACAAUUCUU